AUGAUAAGUUUUGCAGAAUAUGCCGUUGCUCCGCCAACAUAUCAUUUUGAACCGUCUCCACCGCCAGGAAGAUAUGAGCCUCCUACCUCUCCACUAGGAAGAUAUGAACCACCGAUAUCAACAUCGGGAAGAUAUGGACGAACUACCUCCUCACCUGGUGGUUACGAAAAUCCACCUCGGGCACCAGAAAGAUAUGAACCAUCUCCGUCAUUACCAGGAAGGUAUGAUCGACCUACUUCCCCACCUGAUCGCUAUGAAAAGCCACCUCAACCACCAGGAAGAUAUGAACCACCUACAUCAUCACCAGGAAAAUAUGAUCGACCUACUUCCCCACCUGAUCGCUACGAAAAACCACCUCAGCCACCAGGAAGAUAUGAACUAUAUGCAUCUCCACCAGGAAAAUAUGAACCAUCUCCGUCAUUACCAGGAAGGUAUGAUCGACCUACUUCCCCACCUGAUCGCUAUGAAAAGCCACCUCAACCACCAGGUGGAUAUGUACCAUCAACGCCUCCGCCAGAAAGAUAUGAACCAGCCACGUCACCAUCGGAAAGAUAUGAACGACCUACGUCCCCGUCUGAUAGUUAUAAAAGACCUCAGCCACCAGGUAGAUAUGAGCCACCUACGUCACCACCAGAUCGUCACAAAGACCUUCCUCGAGCACGGGGAAGAUACGGGUUACCUCCACCAACACCCAGUGAUUAUAUCCCUGGUCAAUCGUAUUCGCAACAAUACAAACUGCCCCCGACCCCACCGGACGGUUACAGAAAUCCUCUUUCACCAUCGAGAAGAUAUGAAUCGCCUCCAUCAUCAUUCGAUGGCUACGAAAUGCCUCCCGUGAUUCAGAACAAUGCUCCAGUAUCAUUUUAUCAUCCUCCAAAUGGUGGAUAUGCUGUUGUUCCUUCGCCACAUGUUUUUGCACCAAUCGCACCAAUUGGUUCCGCUCCAUCAUUUCGUGGAUACAAGCAGCGAAUUCCGUAUAGAUAUCGAGCCUUCAAACGAGUUAAAACAAUGCGAAGGGUGAUGGCUAAGAAAAGAUUGCUGAAGAAAGCUUAA